AUUGUGCCUGUUCACAAUAGCGAAUGCUGGUUAGAUGAAUGCCUGAAAUCAGUUUGGGAGCAAGAUUUUAAAGAAACCAUGGAGCUGUCCAUUUUUAAUGAUGCCAGUAAGGACAGUUCAGCUGAAAUCAUUGAGAAAUGGAGGAUCAAGUUGGAAGAUGUUGGUGUUCCAGUAAUCGUUGGUUGUAAUGAUUCGUCUCAGCCUCGAGGUGUUGGAUUUGCUAAAAAUCAAGCAGUAAUUCAGAGCUCAGGAACCUAUCUCUGCUUUCUGGAUUCAGAUGAUGUGAUGAUGCCACAGCGGGUUAGACUGCAACACGAAGCUGCCAUUCAACACCCAAACAGUAUUAUUGGUUGCCAAGUCAGAAGAGAGCCACCGGAGUCGACUGCGCGGUAUACUCGUUGGAUCAAUAGUCUGACUGAAGAACAACUUCUUACGCAGGUGUUUACCUCCCAUGGACCCACUGUGAUCAUGCCAACCUGGUUUUGUUCUCGAGAAUGGUUUUUUCAUGUGGGAAAAUUUGAUGAGGGUGGAAAGGGUGUUCCAGAAGAUCUGUUGUUUUUUUAUAACCAUCUCCAAAAGGGCGGAAAAGUUGUUCGAGUAAACCAUUGCCUCCUGCUGUACCGUUACCAUCCACGGGCUGCAACUCAUUCCAUCCUAGAGGCAACCAUCUGGAAUCACCGAGUCAGGUUUCUUGAAGACAGAGUCCUGAGGUCCUGGACAUCAUUCACCAUUUGGAAUGCUGGCAAGCAAGGCAAGAAACUCUACAGAAGCUUGUCACCAGCUAAUCGGAUAAAGGUGAGCUAG